AUGAGUCUUGACGAAGAUUUCGCUGACAACAAGUGGCCUUUCCCGUUCAAGGACGUGCUGAAGCCCAAAGGGGCUGGCUGUGCUCAAGUGAGCAAAGUCCUUGCCCGCGGAGAUGAGCACGCAGGCGAGUACUCGUUCGGCGGACUCGCAGAUACUUUACCCGCUGUAUCCGGGCUGUUUGUGGGCAGUGUGGGCACCAUUCACACGCCGUUAGUCGCCGACCAAGCUGAAAAGCUGGUCGCACUGUGUCAGAAGUCCCCCUUCGUCCACAAUCUUGACACCAAGAUGGACGAGAACGUCCUCGGCAUGGACAAGCUACGGAAGGUGAUCGCGGACCGCCUGGGCUACACGGACGUCCCGCUGGACUGCGUCUUGUACAAGUUGCUGGGCACGGAGAAGGAUGACGGGAUGAUUGCGACCUUGGUGGUGCAGCCGCCCAGUGCGCACGAAGGCGGUGACCUGGUCGUGUAUCGAGAUGGGAAGUUGACGUAUCGACACGAUUUCGGCAAAGCCGACGGUAGUGCAGCGUUCGCAACGCACUACGCUGUGCACUAUGCAGACGCGGAGCAUGCUCUGGAGGAAGUGACGAAAGGGUUCCGACUCGCUCUCGUGUACUCGAUCUGUCUGCCCGCUACGAUGAGGCACUUGAAGAGGACGGAGGAUAAGCAGUUGAGCGAAGAUUUGGCACAGGCGAUCUCGAGUGUGGGCAGUGAGAAGGAGAAGAAGAAGAACGAGGAGGAGGGGGAUGCAGACCAAACGUCUGGUGAGCAACGUGCAAACGUAAAGGAUGCUAAAGAGGACAAGAAGGUCAAGGUCAAGGACGACCAGGGUGAGGGGAACAAGAGGGAGGAAGAUGACGGGGAUACUGACAGCGACGAGGACUAUGUGGAUGAUGAAAACAACGAUGAUGACGAUGAUGACUCUGAGGACGAUGAAGACGACAGCGACGAAGAUGAGAGCGAUUACGACGAAGACGAUUCUUUUGCGCUGCUACUGGAGCGUGAGUACACCACGAAAAGUAUCCAAACCCUCGGUUCUGGCGCAUUGAAAGACAUCGACUGUGCGAGAUUCCACGCACUUGAAGAAGCCAACGCACGCGUUGCUCCCGAGAAGAAGUUGUGCUUCUUUAUUGCUCAAUUGACGCACGAUGGAGAAGACCUUGGCCACAAGCCUGUGACUGGAGAAGAAAUUCGUGCGCUUUUCGACACCACCGCUGCCAGACUGGAGGCCGAAAACCGGUACAAGGAAUUUUGGGAAGAAGAAGCUACUGUUGUAUGGUCCAUGAAUCUGCGCGAGGUGGGAAUGGAGCUUUGGUUCCCUCCAAUUACGAAGAUUCUGUGCUCGUACGGCUGGGAUGAAGUCAGCCAAGCUGUUUUGAAGGCGCUGGGUAGGAGUGACGAAAGCGGAAAGGGCGGCUUGUCGGCGCUGGAAUUAAUUCUGCGCGUGUUUGACAGCCUUGACGGUGGUGCGGCUCAACAGGCACUAGUUGACAAGACACUGCAACUGACAACGUCAACCAAGGAUGAAGACCUGUUCCUGUCGAGCUACAUUGGGCUGCUCUGGAAGGUGGCUAUCGACUAUGCCGACAAGACGUUGUUUGAUACUGUUGUGAAUAGGCUCAAGAAUGCAGAUCCCGGUCUACUCGGACCUUCCAUCCAGUACCUCUCCCAGUACGUGGACAGUGUCGAUGGAAACGAUGAGAAGACAGCGGUAGUGACGAUUGUCACUCCAAAACGGAUCAAGUGGCUCCGAGAACAAGUUGAAUCGCUGGAGAAGCCGUUUUCGUGGGAGAUGCGUGAGGCGGAAUUCCCUGGCAACGAUGAGAUUCAGUCGUUCCUGCGAGGCGCGGAAGUCUCAAUGGAGAUGAAAGGCGCCGAGAAAAAGUUUAAGAAUUUUGAAGAUGCAAAGGAGUUCGCGGCUAAAUGGAUGAAUGAGAAGCAGACGAAAUUUUUGUUUGAGAUGGAAGGCCACGAGACUUUCGUGACGAUCACAAAGACUCGCGAUUGGUACUUGAAGCAACAAAGCAACUUGGUGCUCUACAGGAAGGAACUGCGUCGCCUGAUGGAUCGGUACGACAACUCGAAUGGGGACGAGGGGGAAAAGAAGCGUACGCGUCUCGACUAA